GAAUGUCAAUAAUGUCAUGUCAUAUCAUCUUUCAUUUCUUAAAAAAAUAUUAGGAUUUGUGGUAUCUUCGAGCAUCUUUAAACAUUUAAAAAAUUAAUCAUUAAUGAACUCUUCAAGAUAAUAGUAUAUCAAUUGUUGCUAAGAAUUGUUUGAAAGUAAAAUGACUACACCGUCAACUACAAGCGUACAAGCUGUGGAUAGAGAACGAGUAUAUCAAUGGAUAUUAGAACUAGCUAAUCCCGAAACUAGGGAAAAUGCGUUGCCUGAGUUAAGUAAAAAAAGGGAAGUUGUUCCGGAUUUGGCUCCAAUGUUAUGGAAUAGUUUUGGGACAAUUGCUGCACUCCUACAAGAAAUUAUCAACAUAUAUCCAGCCAUCAAUCCCGCUACUCUCACUGCCCAGCAGUCGAACAGGGUAUGCAAUGCUCUAGCCUUAUUGCAAUGUGUGGCUUCCCAUCCAGAAACUAGGUCGCACUUUUUGGUAGCUCAUAUUCCAUUGUUUUUGUACCCAUUUUUACACACUGUGUCAAAAACACGUCCAUUUGAAUAUUUGCGUUUGACUAGUCUAGGAGUUAUUGGUGCCCUCGUUAAGACUGAUGAGCAAGAGGUAAUAACAUUUCUGCUAACUACGGAAAUUAUUCCCCUCUGCUUGAGAAUUAUGGAAUCAGGCUCAGAGUUAAGCAAGACUGUUGCGACUUUCAUUCUACAAAAGAUUCUGCUUGAUGAUAGUGGAUUAUCUUACAUUUGUCAAACGUAUGAUAGGUUUAGCCAUGUGGCUAUGAUUCUUGGAAAAAUGGUUAUCUCGUUGGCCAAAGAGCCAUCAUCAAGGCUUCUCAAGCACGUUGUCAGGUGUUACUUGAGACUGUCUGAUAAUCCAAGAGCCCGAGAAGCACUGAGGCAAUGUCUUCCUGAUCAAUUAAGAGAUAACACUUUUGCCAGUUGUUUGCAAGAGGAUAAAUCUACUAAUCAUUGGUUGCAACAGCUUCUCAACAAUCUUGAAACUCCUCCACCGGCUGAUAGUCGCCAAGUAGGAAUGUCCCCCCUGACUUCGCAGUAGGAUCAGUUGAUGUAGAGUUAGUUAAAAAAUUUGAUGCUGAAAAUUAAUUGAAAGAUAUUAUUUUUUGUCCUAUGUUGUAAAAAUUGCCUGUUCCUUUGCUUUGAUCCGCCCAAGGUCAACCAACAUAAUUCUUGUAGCAUUUAUUACUUAUUAUUUUAUGUCAUUUAAUAUGUAAACUGUAAAUAACAAAAAGAUGUGAUAUGAUGUGAAAUGAUAUACAAAAUAAUUGAAUUAACGGUUUUAAUAUAAAAGGAUAGAAAAUUUUGAAAUAUUGGUAAAUGAGUUGGGACGAUUGAAACAACGAUUUGCAAAUAGAAUCAUUUGUUGAAAUAUUUUUUGCAUUUGUGAUGAGUACUUAACAGUGAUUUAAGAGAACCAUAUCUAUGUACUAACUGCAUCAGUUCAUCAGGUAAUUAUAAAAUUCAUGAGAAUUUAGUCUUGUAUAUUUUAUGUUUGUUGAAUGGUGUGAUAUUGGGAUUUUUAUUGAGAAGUCUUUAUUAUCUUCAUCCAUUUAUGUAGAAAGGGUUAUUUGUAAUUAUGUGUCAGGGAAUUUUUUCCUACAAUACGAAUAUCAAAAGUGAUAAUUUUCUUGAAAUAACGAUCAUGAUGUAUAUUUCAUGUGCAGUAAUAUUUAUUAUUUUAAUUAAAACUCUGUUGCUUUA